UACGAGCGAGCGACAGUCAGUUCGGCGCCGACAGCCAUCACGCGCAGUCGUUUGUAAUAAAAUAUGGCCGCUGCCCACACGCACUCGCCCCCUGCGCUCCCAGACCGUCGCUCAGAGGGCCGCACUGGCUCUCGUCGCAUCUUCCCACCACAGUUUAAGUUACAAGUUCUCGAUGCAUAUAGACGCGAUGCACAAUGUCGCGGCAAUCAACGUGCAACAGCUAGAAAAUUCGGUAUCCAUCGACGCCAAAUACAAAAAUGGCUUCAAGCUGAACCAGCCCUACGAGCGGCGCUUUUGAGGAGAGCACCCCAACCGGCACCUUCACCGCCGCCCUACUCUGUCGGCUCACCGGAGAGUGCUCGGUUACCAUCACCACCACCUGCUGCGACUGCUCUACCGAGCGCUGUUCCAGUACACACUCCGUUGGCGGCACCGGUACCGGUGAUGCCGCCUACAACAGAGCCUAUAGACUUAUCAGUGCGACGUCUAACACCUGCUGUGACUCCUGUUUCAUCGUACGCAUCACUCACUGUUCCGGAACGACCGCCACCACGCAAACCGUUCAAGUUAUUCCGACCGUACCUUUUAGAAGACGACAACGAAAAGCGGCCAGCGCUAGCGUCGCUACCGGUCUCUAAUGGAGUACAUGUGUCCGCGUUCGUGCCCGUGCAGAGUGCGGCGGGCUGCGCACUUACCGCCUGCUCGGUGCCACGCUGGUGCACGUCCGCUCCCACCUUCUCAGCUCCGCUCAGAUGAGAAGCAACCGCUGGGGCCUUACCCCUAUCUUCCUGUGAUCUAGUCGCCGACGCCCGCCUGGCGCCGCCCGGGGCGUAGCCCUCCAUCACCGUGCCUUAACAUACACGUCGUCAUAGUACAUUAUGCCGUCAUUGUGACAAUCUAUUUUUGUGUAUAAUUAUAAGAAUAAGAAUGUAUUUUUUUAUGUGGGGUUUAUAAAGCGUACCUACAUUUAUAAAGAUUAUUAUAAUAUAACAAUAUUAUUAUUAUUAUAUUAAUAAAGAGAGUUGUUUACUAAGCUAUA